AUGGGUCGCAAGCCCAAUCAACUCAUUCUCGAAUUUUUUACUCGAGGUCCUAAGCUAGAGGACUCGAGCAACCGAUACCAGCACACUUGCAAGGCCUGUGGCGAAAAGUUCCCCAAGGGUCGUAUCGACAGUCUCACCAACCACCUGGUCAAGAAAUGCCAGGCAAUUCCACUUCGUGACCGCCAGCGCGUGCUCCUGCGCCUUCACGAACUUCCCGAUCUUACAGAAGGCGAAGCCAACAAGGAUCCAAAUGCGCCUGCUGGAAAGAAGGGUGACGGUUCGUUCGGGAACCGCCCUAACUUCGAUGGUCUCAACGUGCUUGCAGAGGCGUCCCGCCAGGUGGGUGCCUCGGAUCAUACCAAACGAGGCCCGGCAUAUACUCAGUCCGUGACUUCUGGUGGAAAGACCGUCGUAGUUGAUCCAGCAUUGGAAGCCGAGUUCACCGUCCAGUCUGACGUGAAGGAAGAGGACGAGAAUGCACAGGGCAAUGCUCAGCCUUCGGGUACUCCUACAAUUCCUGCUCUGCCCAGCCAUACCUCUGAUCACCCUACCUCAAUGUCGCCUCCCCUCGACCACUCCAUGACCCCCGAUUCGACCUCCAAUGCGCGCCAGUCACAGCUCUCGAUGAUUGCCGCGUCAGCAAACGAGAUGGUCCCUCAGGGGUUGACUAUGGAUGAUGACGGAAUGAAGAUGGGUCAAUGGAAUCAGCAGCUGUCGACCCAGGAGCAGCUCUUGUUCGACAGUUUGCAGGAGCAUGACCCGUCCCUGACCGCGGCCACACAGCGGGCUGCAUCCUUCCCUCGACCCAUUGCAAUGAACCCCAAUACCCAGGCCAAGGGAUUCGUCAACGAAUUUGGCAAUUCCACCAAGCCUGCUAAGCCCAAGGUCCGGGGCCGCUUCUCUGCUGAGCGUCGCCGUGAGGUCCAAGAAGUUCGCAAGCGCGGAGCCUGCAUUCGUUGUCGCAUGCUUAAGAAACCAUGCUCUGGUGAGACCCCUUGUACCACCUGUGCUAGCGUCGAGAGUGCUCGUCUUUGGAAGCAUCCUUGUAUUCGGACUCGCCUGUCUGAAGAAUUUGAACUUUACAACGCGAACCUCCAUGCCACUCUUGCAUUCCAUGACACCAAUGCUAUCAAGAGUCAGGUCAAUUUUGAGCACUACGCUGGCCGCAUUGAGGUCACCCACCUCGAGGAGACCAUGGUCUAUGUCACCAUCAGCGGGCUGCAGGGCCACCGUGCCUCUGUCUCGGCUCUCGACCCGCAGCUUCAGGGCCUCGGUGACGACCAAUUCUCUGCUCCUGCCCAGGAGAUUUACCUCCUGGAUCACGAUGCCGAUGACGUUCCAAGCAAGCUGGAACUGUACAUCAAGAAGACUGCCCCUUUCUUCUUUGAGCGCGAGGAGUCCAAUUUCAUGAAGUCCACCCUGCAGCUGGCCUCGGAGCUGGGCCAGUCUAAGAAGGACACCCUGCUUGAGCGCGCUGUGGAGCUCUGGGUUGCUACUCACAUCCUGGUUGACAAUGAGCUUACUUGGAAGACUUUCUGCAACCCAACUCUUCCUCCCGCCUCGAUGCACUCCCUGUCUCAGCCAUCGGAUGAGGGUCGUCUCCCCAUCGAGGAAGCCUCGGACCCUGAGUCCUACGCCCUGCUGUGCAGCCAGCUGCGCGCUGCCACGGAGAAGCGUGCAAUGCAGCUGAGCAAGUCUGUGAUCAAUGACCUCGAGCGUCGUCUCCUGCAGCGCCAGAAGUCUGGCUGGUUUGAAACCUUCCUCGUGGCCGUUGUCCUCCUGAACUGCAUUGAGCGUACCUGCUGGCUGUUCCGGUCGUGGGAUAACGAAACAUUUGCGCAGCGUUGGCCCCUUGAGAAGCGUCCCCCAUAUUUCUACAGCCAGUCCGAGCGCUUUUCCGAUAUCCUGCACAUGCUCCUCCGCAUGCGCAGCCUUCCUCCCAAGUCCAAUGUUCGCCCAGACAAUGGCACCCUCAAGGCCGUCGAUGGUAGCGAAGAGAACGCCAUCCGCUGGUUCGAUAUGAUCCAGGUCACCCCCUACUACCUCGAGGAGCGCACCAAUGCUAUCUUCGACCCCCAAGAUUCGCGCUCGCUUGACCUUCGUCACAGCGCUGCCUUGCUCCUGCCACACAACGCCUAA